AUUUCUCUCUCUCUCUCUCUCUCUCUCUCUCUCUCUCUCUCACACACCUCACACACACACAUUGACUACUGCAACAAAGAAACUUCGUUGACGAAAAUGGCGUUCAUAUCGGAGACGGCGAGCGCAAUCAAGAGCCGGUUCGGGUUCCAUGACCACUCCUCCAAGUGCUCUUCGACAAGCUCUUCUCCCGAUCUUCUCAAAUCUACCUCCAAAGACAACAAUGCCGCCGUCGCGCACUCCAAUUCGGUGGUUCGCACUAUCUCUAACUGGGACGAAGACGACACCGUUUCCAUCGCCGGAUCUUCGUCCACGCAGAGCUUCGACUUCGACGAAGAUCCUUCCUUCUGGAAAGAUCACAACGUGCAGGUUAUUAUUAGAGUCCGUCCGCUUAGUAGUACUGAAAUAUCACUACAAGGCUACACCAAAUGUGUUAGGCAAGAGAGUUAUCAGACUAUUACUUGGACCGGGCAUCCCGAGUCACGCUUCACCUUUGAUGUUGUUGCAGAUGAGAAUGUCAGCCAGGAGAAACUAUUUAAAGUGGCUGGAUUGCCGAUGGUAGAGAAUUGCAUGGGAGGCUACAACAGUUGCAUGUUCGCAUAUGGCCAAACUGGAAGUGGAAAAACUCACACUAUGCUUGGAGACAUUGAGGGAGGCACUCGAAGACACAGUGUAAAUUGUGGGAUGACACCUAGAGUAUUUGAACAUUUAUUCACAAGGAUUCAAAAGGAAAAAGAGGCUCGUAGAGAUGAAAAGUUGAGAUUUACUUGUAAAUGCUCAUUUUUGGAAAUAUACAAUGAACAGAUUCUUGAUCUUUUAGAGCCAUCCUCUAAUAACUUGCAGAUAAGGGAAGACAUUAAGAAAGGCGUUUAUGUAGAGAACCUGAAGGAAAUAGAAGUUACAAGUGCUCGAGAUGUUAUUCAACAACUUAUUCAAGGGGCAUCAAACAGAAAGGUAGCUGCUACUAAUAUGAAUCGUGCUAGCAGUCGUUCUCACAGUGUAUUUACUUGCAUCAUUGAGAGUAAGUGGGAUUCCCAAGGUGUAAGUCACCAUCGAUUUGCUCGGCUUAAUCUUGUUGAUUUAGCUGGAUCCGAAAGGCAGAAGAGUUCUGGUGCUGAAGGUGAACGUCUCAAGGAAGCUACCAAUAUCAACAAGUCUCUUUCGACAUUGGGACUUGUGAUCAUGAACCUAGUGAACAUGUCAAAUGGGAAGUCACUCCAUGUUCCUUACCGGGAUUCUAAGCUAACAUUUUUGCUUCAGGAUUCUCUAGGAGGGAAUUCGAAAACAACUAUAAUUGCAAACAUCAGUCCUUCUAGUUGCUGUUCAUUGGAGACACUAAGCACAUUGAAGUUUGCACAACGUGCUAAAUUUAUUAAGAACAAUGCAAUUGUCAAUGAGGAUGCAUCUGGAGAUGUCAUUGCCAUGAGGAUACAAAUUCAACAACUCAAGAGAGAAGUAUCUCGACUACGGGGGUUAGCAAGUGAGGGUGAAAAUCAGGACAGUGAUACUUCAACAUUAGGCUUUCCUGGUUCUCCAGGAUCCUUUAAAUGGGAAGGAUUACAUGGAUCAUUUAGUCCACUUGCCUCUGGUAAAAGGAUGUCUCAGAAAAAAGAUUAUGAAGUUGCCCUUGUUGGGGCUUUCAGGAGGGAGAAGGAUAAAGACAUUGCGUUACAGGCAUUGACCGCUGAAAAUCAGGCAGCUGUGCAGUUAGUCAAACAAAGAGAAAAUGAGAUAAAAGUUUUAAAAAUGGGGCUACGUUUUCGAGAAGCUGCAAUAAAGAGGCUAGAAGCAGUCGCCUCUGGAAAGAUUUUAGCUGAGACACAUUUACUGAAAGAAAAGGAGGAACAUUGGAAGGAAAUUGAGGUCCUUCGAGGUCAGGUUGCUCGGAACCAAGAAGUGACAAGAUUUGCUAUGGAAAAUCUACAGCUAAAGGAAGAAAUUAGAAGAUUAAAGUCAUUCUAUGAGGAAGGAGAAAGGGAGAUGAUGAAAGAACAGAUUGGGGUGUUACAAAACAAGUUGCUAGAAGCACUUGAUUGGAAACUUAUGCAUGAAUCAGACCCCUCGAUUCAGAAAGCAAAUUCAGAUGUGGUGAUGGAAGAAGUUCAGGAUGAUGGUAAUCUACAGAUUUCCAAUCAGGAGCCUGGAUCGCCUUGGAGGUCUUCAGUGAGUGAGGAGAAUGAAUUCCUCCGCAUGCAGGCUAUACAAAACCAACUAGAAAUGGACACACUCCACAAGAAACUAGAACUUUGCAUGGAAGAGAAAGAAAAAUUUGAAAGAAAUGUCAAUGACUUGGUAACAAAACUUGAUGAAGAGAGAACCUAUAGAACCACAAAAGAAGGAAUACAGCAAGUUGAGCUUCCUUCUUUGCCAACUGACGUUCCCAUUAUCAAUUUGAAUGACCAAAUGGAACUGAAAACAAUGGUUGAUGCCAUUGCUGCUGCUAGUCAAAGAGAAGCAAAGGCUCAUGAGACAGCAAUUAUGUUAUCCAAAGAGAAUGAUGAACUGCGGAUGAAGCUUAAGGUCUUGAUUGAGGAUAACAAUAAACUCAUUGAAUUGUAUGAAAGGGCUGCUGCAGAAGGUAACUACAAAACUACAAAUAAAAUUGACAGGGCUGAAGAAGGUGGCACUGAAGCUCAGAAUACUGAUGGUUUCACUGAACUUGCCAGAGAAAAAGAGUUUGAGAUGAAAAAUGUGAUUGAAAACUUAGAGCAUCAGCUUUUGGAUAUUAAUGAAGAGAACGAAAAAUUAAUGGGUCUAUAUGAAAGAGCCAUGCAGGAGAGGGAUGAGCUAAAGAGGAUGCUUUCUUCUUCUGGACAGAGAAGAGGUGAAUCCAAAUUAGAAUUUGAUUGCCCUGAAAAGCUUGUUGAAGUCGAUGGCAUGGAUCAUAUUGAGUCAGGUGAACUUCCUAUGUCUGUGGAGGUUAGAGAUUUGAUUGGGGAGACAGGUCUCAUGGGCUUAAACCUGCAGGAUAGAAGUCAUGAAUUUGCGAAACCUGCCAAAUCUGGAGUGGAAAUUCCCACGGUGGAAAACAAUAUUUCUGGAUUAAAUGUGGAAGUUGAUUCCGGUCUAGGUCUUGGGGAUUCUCAAGUAAUGAAAGAAAAUCAAACUGAUCCUCAAGGAGAUGCAUAUUUUGAGUCAGAUAGACCUCCUUGCUUUGUUGGAACAAAAAUGUCAGUGGAGGAAAGCACAGAUUUAGUUGAACCUGUUGCGUCCUAUGAAGUGAAAAUAUCUGAUGAAGAAACUGGCACCUCUGGCUUACAUCCUUUGGAUUGUCAAGCAGAUUCUGCAACUCAGACUGAUGCUGGGAAUCUUUCUGACAUGGAAACAGACCCAUCCAAUCUCAAUGCUGUAAAGCUGUCAGAAGAUCUGAAUUUAAUCAGAAUGAAGCUGGCAAGGGCAGAUGAACAACUUUUAGAUUCUGCUAAAAGUAUUACUAGUUUUGGUUCACUUGAGAAAGCAAUUAUUGAGGUUAAUAAGCUCUCAAGAAAUAUAGAAGAAAUGGAAGAUGGAAUUAAGGACAAGAUGCAACAGUUUGAAUCACUUAAAGUCUCUACUAUAGAAAUGAAAGAAAGAAGAUCUCUUAUUGACAAUAAGUUUUCAGCUCUCAAAUACACUCUGUCUGACUUCUUUUCAUCUAUGGUUUAUUUUGAACAACGAGAAGCUCGAGCCAGAACAAGGGUAAUUACUUCAACUUCUUAUCUGGACCGGAAGAAAGAUGAAUUGGCUCGUCUUCAAACCCAGAAGGAUGAAAUUGAGACUGCAAAGAGGAAGCUUCAGCAAUCUGAAGUGGAAUUGAGGAACAACCUUGCAUCCUUGAAAUCAAAACUGGAGGAAGAAAACAGGAAACAAGAAAACGAAAAAGUUCUCUUUGCUAUAGAUAAUGUUGAGAGAAUAGACCCCUCACCAAAAAUAUUACAUUUGGGUGGUAAAGCCACUGAAUUACUCAAGUCUGAGGAAGAGAAAACCAAAUUGCAAACUGAGAUGAAGCUGUCUCGGGAAAAACUUGGGGCCAUAAGAAAGGAAUCUGAAGAUUUGAGCAGGAAGUAUGGACAGGCAGACACAGAGAUGCAAGCAGUUCAAGCAGAGGUACAGAAAGGUUUGAGGUCUGUGGAAGAGAUGGAGCUGGCACUACAAGGUGUACUCCAAGAGAAGGAGACGUUGUUGGAGAUGAGAGAGAAUGGAAAGACUGAAAUUGAAAAUAUGAUUGUUGAAUACCAGCAGCAUGUGUAUGAUGCAGAUUUGAAGGAGUCAGAGUUGAAAAUUGUGGAGGAAGAAUUGCAGAUGGAGAUGAGGAGAGUGAAAGAAUUACAAAAUGCAAGGUCUACAGCCAUGGAGGAGAUAACUGGAUUAUUGGAGUGUACAACAAGUUGUCAUUCAUGCUGCUUAUCAGAGAAGAUGAAUGAAGAGCUGCAAAAGGUUCGGGCAUCUGUUUUGGAGGCAAAAUCAUUGCUAGGGGAAUGCCAUUGAAAUUGACAGUUAAGUCUUCUGCUUAACUUGUCAUUAUAUAGCAUUGAAUAUUCCACAAAAGCAAAAACUGUGAUUCAUUUCAUGCACACUUGUAAUUGACUAUCACCUUUAUGUAUAAUUGCUCUUGCAUUGAUUACCACCCCAAGAGUAAUAUCUUGUUAUAUAUGUCAUGUCAUUCUCGUUUGGUAA